GUGUGAGAUUUUACUUUGAACGAUGGACACGUGAAGGCAACAGGCUUCAACCUCGUUACGAAGACCAGGGCAACUCCUCAUAUCUGACACCGAAAAAAUAGGCAGGAAGACGGCGGGGGCGAGGUGCAGGAAGCCGCUGUAUAAACCCCAGUCAUCUGAACAUGGGCGAAAUCUAACAACAGGCGCAGCGUAAUUUUUCACCUUCUACAGCAGAAACUCUAAAUAUCUGUGAUUUCAUAUAAUUUCCGGACGGAAUCGAAGAUUUAACCGAAAAAGAAAAUGUCUCGAGGAGUGAUUCAGCCCAGCCAGCAGAAACUGGCAGAAAAACUAACCAUCCUCAACGACAGAGGCAUCGGGAUGUUGACUCGUGUCUACAAUAUUAAAAAGGCAUGUGGCGACCCCAAGGCCAAGCCCUCCUAUCUGGUCGACAAGAACUUGGAAAGUGCGGUGAAGUUCAUCGUCAGGAAAUUCCCUGCCGUGGAAACACGGAAUAAUAACCAACAGUUGGCCCAGCUGCAGAAGGAGAAGUCCGAGAUUCUGAAAAACCUGGCGCUGUAUUACUUUACAUUUGUUGAUGUGAUGGAAUUUAAGGAUCACGUUUGUGAGCUGCUCAACACCAUUGAUGCUUGCCAGGUCUUUUUUGACAUCACGGUGAACUUUGACCUCACCAAGAACUACCUGGACUUGGUGGUGACCUACACUACGCUGAUGAUCAUACUGUCGCGCAUCGAGGAGAGGAAAGCAAUCAUAGGACUGUACAACUACGCUCACGAGAUGACACAUGGAGCCAGUGACCGGGAGUAUCCCAGGUUGGGGCAGAUGAUUGUGGAUUAUGAAAACCCCUUGAAGAAAAUGAUGGAAGAAUUUGUUCCACAUGGAAAGUCUCUGUCAGAUGCGCUGCUCAGUCUUCAGAUGGUCUACCCCAGGAGGAACCUGUCCGCGGACCAGUGGAGGAACGCUCAGCUGCUCUCUCUCAUCUCUGCCCCCUCCACCAUGCUCAAUCCUGCUCAGUCAGACACUAUGCCAUGUGAAUAUCUGUCUCUGGACGCGAUGGAGAAGUGGAUCGUUUGUGAGUUUAAUGAAGUAGAUGUCAUUUGUAUUUUAAAUACAAAUGUGUUGUGUUUUUACAGGUACAACAAACGCAUCAAUGACAUCAGAGAGUGCAAAGAACAGGCCCUGUCCCAUGCAGGCUCCAUGCACAGAGAGAGACGCAAGUUCCUCAGAUCUGCUCUGAAGGAGUUGGCUACGGUUUUAGAGCCUGGGCUGCUGGGUCCUAAGGCUUUGUUUGUGUUCAUGGCUCUGUCGUUCGCCCGCGAUGAGAUAAUAUGGCUGCUUCGACACGCCGACAACAUCCAGAAGAAAAGCACUGAUGAUUUCAUAGACAAACACAUAGCCGAGUUGAUCUUCUACAUGGAGGAGCUCCGAGCUCACGUUAGGAAGUACGGCCCUGUGAUGCAGCGUUACUAUGUGCAAUACCUGUCUGGCUUUGAUGCUGUGGUGCUGAAUGAACUUGUGCAGAACCUGUCUGUCUGUCCGGAGGACGAGUCUAUCAUCAUGUCUUCAUUUGUCAACACAAUGACCUCGCUCAGCGUCAAACAGGUGGAAGAUGGAGAGGUGUUUGACUUCAGGGGCAUGAGGUUGGACUGGUUCAGGCUGCAGGCCUACACCAGUGUUUCCAAAGCCAGUCUUGGCAUCGCCGAUCACAAAGAGCUUGGAAAAAUGAUGAACACCAUCAUUUUUCACACAAAAAUGGUGGAUUCUCUGGUGGACAUGCUGGUGGAGACAUCCGACCUGUCCAUUUUCUGCUUCUACAGCCGAGCGUUUGAAAAGAUGUUUCAGCAGUGUUUGGAGCUACCUUCUCAGAGUCGACACUCCAUCUGCUUCCCCCUGCUUUGCACACACUUUAUGUCCUGUACACACGAGCUCUGUCCCGAGGAGCGUCACCACAUUGGGGACCGAAGCCUGUCGUUGUGUAACAUGUUUCUGGAUGAGAUGGCCAAACAGGCCAGAAAUCUGAUCACUGACAUCUGCACGGAACAGUGUACCCUCAGCGACCAGCUGCUCCCAAAACACUGCGCCAAAACCAUCAGCCAGGCCGUGAACAAAAAGAGCAAGAAGGCGACCGGCAAGAAGGGAGAGCCAGAGAGAGAGAAGCCGGGAGUGGAGAGUAUGAGGAAAAACCGGCUGUUAGUCACAAACCUGGACAAACUUCAUACAGCUUUGUCCGAACUCUGCUUCUCCAUUAACUACAUUCCUAACUUGAUGGUGUGGGAACACACAUUCACCCCAAGGGAGUACCUCACGUCACACCUGGAGAUCCGCUUCACAAAGUCCAUUGUGGGGAUGACCAUGUAUAACCAGGCUACUCAGGAGAUAGCCAAGCCCAGUGAAUUACUGACCAGUGUGCGCGCCUACAUGACGGUGCUGCAGUCCAUAGAGAACUACGUCACCAUUGACAUCACACGGGUCUUCAACAAUGUCCUCCUACAGCAGACGCAGCACCUGGACAGCCACGGAGAACCCACCAUCACCAGUCUGUACACCAACUGGUACUUGGAGACGUUGCUCCGUCAGGUCAGUAAUGGACACAUUGCCUACUUUCCUGCGAUGAAGGCCUUUGUCAACCUGCCCACCGAGAACGAACUGACAUUCAACGCAGAGGAGUACUCCGACAUCUCCGAGAUGCGAUCGCUGUCGGAGCUGUUAGGACCGUAUGGGAUGAAAUUCCUCAGCGAGAGUCUGAUGUGGCACAUCUCGUCACAAGUUGCAGAGUUAAAGAAACUCGUGGUGGAAAACAUGGAGGUUCUGAACCAGAUGAGAACGAGCUUCGACAAACCUGAACACAUGGCUGCGCUCUUCAAGAAACUUACAUCUGUGGACAGCGUUUUGAAGAGAAUGACUAUAAUUGGAGUCAUCUUGUCUUUCCGCUCUCUCGCUCAAGAGGCUCUGCGAGAUGUUUUAUCCUGUCACAUUCCUUUUCUGGUCAGUUCAGUAGAAGAUUUCAAGGACCACAUUCCCCGUGAGACGGACAUGAAGGUGGCCAUGAACGUCUACGAGCUGUCAUCAGCGGCAGGUUUACCCUGUGAGAUCGACCCAGCACUGGUCGUGGCUCUGUCCUCCCAGAAAAGUGAGAACAUCAGUCCGGAGGAGGAGUACAAGAUCGCCUGCCUUCUGAUGGUGUUCGUAGCUGUUUCACUGCCAACACUGGCUAGCAACGUCAUGUCCCAGUACAGCCCCGCCAUCGAAGGUCACUGUAACAACAUCCACUGCCUGGCCAAGGCCAUCAACCAGAUCGCAGCUGCUCUCUUCACCAUCCACAAAGGAAGCAUAGAGGAUCGACUCAAGGAGUUCCUCGCUCUUGCCUCAUCGAGCCUGUUAAAGAUUGGUCAGGAAACGGACAAGAUGACAACACGUAACAGAGAGUCUGUCUACCUGCUGCUGGACAUGAUUGUGCAGGAGUCCCCCUUCCUGACCAUGGACCUGCUGGAGUCCUGUUUCCCCUACGUCCUGCUGCGAAACGCCUACCACGCUGUCUACAAACAGAGCAUCAGCGCUAACGCGUAGAGGAGCGGCGGCCACACGGGCCCAGGCCUUCCACACUGUCCGACCUUCGGAGCGCCGUGGCGCUCACAAUCACAACAGUCACACACACACUAGACACACUAGACACGAGAUUUUACACUAAAACAAGCUAAACAUGCCGAGCUACGACCCUAACGUUCCACCCUGACACCGGGAACACCACACUGCUGGUAACGUAACGUAACGAUGUAAACUUGUAAACAUACACUAGUAUUUAAUUACAACAGUCCACUAUUGACAUACAACAAACACUACCCACUACUACCCACAAUUCCUUGCACAAAGCAGACAAAACGGCUACGAGUAGCAACAUUAACACAUCAGCUGGAUGAAGUUGAGGAUCACAGGCUUUUUCUAAUCAUUGUGCUUUUUUUUUUUUUUUUUUUUUUUCUCUGAAGUUUCCAGGGACCAUAAACAUCACCACACAUUUGUCUGUUUGGAAUAAAUGAACAAAAUAUAAAUAUAUAUAGUUAACACUUAAAUAUUCAGAAGUUUUUUUUAAUUAUUAUUAUUAUUAUUAUUAUUAUUCUUGUUGAGCUGGUUUUGGAUUUUGUAGUCAUUUAAUGACUUUAAAGUGGUGAUGGUUUGGAUGCUUUUGGAAUGCUAACAUUUCUGAUGUAACGUGUUUUUUUUUUUCCUUUUUCUGACUUUUAUUGUGGAGGGGUUGGCUAACGAUAAAUGAGCUGUUAAUGCUGAAAAACACGCUGUGGUGGUGUGUGCCGUUUACACACAGAGACAUUAAAGAUAUACAGCAUACGGCCGUCAUUGGAACAGAUUUAAACACUAACACAUGAAACAUUUCGUAGUCGACACACAUGCAUACACGGAAUUGACCAACAUGGUGAUGUUUUUCUUUUUCCAUUUUUUUUUCCUUUCCCCUAGAUAGUUGUAACAAACUUUGUGGUAAAAUAUAUAAUAUCUGUAUUCUACUUUACUGUAAACUGAACUCGUCUGUCUUUUUAAUGUUUGCGUUUUCUUUCUUUUUUUUUAUUACAUUACUGACAAUUUGCCAAAUGUGUUGACACUAAAGCUGUGUAUCAGGGGGCAUGAGAGUGUCGGAGUGGAAAUGACAAAUGAUGCCAUGUUGUAAAUGUUCGUUUGACUUCAGACACAGCAGUGAGCCUCUGCAGCUGCUGUUGAAUGAGUGCAGAUCAAUGGCAAUUAGGAGCGGGACUAGAACGCCUACUCCGCACAUUGGCAAGUAUUAUAGUCCAAUUGAUUCCCUUCAUUUUCCACCCUUCAUCAACAUGGAGACGUAAAAAAAAAGCGAGUUAGCCUCCAGGGGGCGAUAAGGAUGCUCACACAGUAACGUUAUUGUAUUCAAGCUAGGGAUGUCCGAUAUUAAGUUUUUGCCGAUAUCCGAUAUGCCGAUAUGAUAACACUUAAUUUCCGAUUCCGAUAUCAAUUGAUGCCGACAUGGACACAUUUCAUUGGUCACUUCAUCUAGGCGAAACCCAGGCAUAUCGGGUUUUCAUUUUUGGAGGAAAAACCGAUCUUACCCAUAUUACGUAAUUAAGCUAGUAUCGGUUGGCCGAUAUUAUCGGACAUCCCUGGUUCAAACCUCUUAACAGCCCAAGGAAAAACUAAUUGAACCCUGUGUUUUAUGUUUUACCCCGACACAGGUCUGAGACAGUUAACACUGCACUCAGUUCUUCACUAUAACGGUGGUUACCACAGGUACCUCGAUUCAGACAGUAACACGUCUUACCACGAGGUUCGUCCUUACCAUUGUAGUGAAACAAAUAGGCUGUCAGAAAAGUGUUGCUUUCAGGUGAGUCAUGUUAACUCCCCACAAUGGCACCGAACAAGACGUAAAAAAAACAUCACUUUGGUUUAAAGCAAAACUGACAGCAAACACGGCAAGUCCAGUCAGUAUUUUCUGAUGUCUGAAUUAAAUAUUAAAACCUAAUCUCUGUGUUUCCUUCAAUGUAGAGUCCUAACCAGAUUUGAUCUGCGCUGAACCCCCUUACUGGCCUUUAAAACAGACCUGCUCAGACGGCAGAAGUAGGAGAAACAGUUGUUCAUAUGUAAAUAUUGUUAAAGGUUAGCUGUUAGCGAUGACAGUUAGAGAUGAAAUACGAAAUUUACCAGGAGCAGGAAACUGACGUGACGGCCGCUGCACGAUGUCAAACAGAAUAAUACAGACCCUCGGUGUGAUGAAACAAGCACAAAUGUUUUUUUCUUUUCUUUUGAGUUUCAUAACCUACACUCCACAGGUGUAAAAAAAAAAA